ACAGGGUCGGUGCGCUGCAGCGGAGGAACAGAAACCGUGGCGGAAAUUCUCGCUUCUCGGCGUCGUUCCGUUUUACGAGAACUCCCUUCACAGACACAGGAGCCCUAUUUCUUCUGCUCGCUUCGGUACGGAUCGGAACACGUCGGUCCUCUUCGGCCCAGAUCGCCACCCGACCCCUCCCCUUCCUUCCCUUCCCUUCCCUUCCCUUCCAGCUCAUUUUUCCCCGCCGGAGGAAGGAACGGGAGGAAAAGACAACAGACAUGGCGGCGGAGAUCCACUCGAGGCCCCAGAGCUCCAGACCCGUCCUUGUGAACAAGAUCGAGGGCCAUCAGGACGCCGUGAACGCCGCCGUGCUCAUACCGAAGGAGGACGGUCUCAUCACGGUCAGCGAGGACCGGACAAUCCGCGUAUGGCUGAAGCGCGACAGCGGCCAGUACUGGCCCAGCAUCUACCACACAGUCUCCUCGCCGUGCUCCUCCAUGACAUACCACCAUGACAGCAAACGCAUCUUCGUGGGCCAGGACAACGGUGCUCUGGUGGAAUUCCUCAUCUCUGAAGACUUCAACAAGAUGAACCACAUGAAAACAUACCCAGCCCAUCAGAACCGUGUGACGGCCAUUGUGUUCUCCCUGGAGAGCGAGUGGGUGGUGAGCACCGGACACGACAAGUGCGUCAGCUGGAUGUGCACACGGAGCGGCACCAUGCUGGGGCGACACUACUUCUCCUCCUGGGCCUCCUGCCUGCAGUACGACAACGAGACGCAGCACGCCUUCGUGGGAGACUACUCGGGCCAGAUCACGCUGCUAAAGCUGGAGAGACAGACGUGCUCCACCAUCACCACACUGAAAGGCCAUGAAGGCAGCAUCAGUGCUUUGUGGUGGGACCCUGUGCAGAGGCUGCUGUUCUCAGGAGCUUCGGACCACAGCAUCAUCAUGUGGGACAUCGGGGGCCGCAAGGGCCGCACUCUCCUGCUGCAGGGCCACCAUGAGCGCGUGCAGGCCUUGCGCUACCUGCAGCUCACAAGACAGCUGGUGUCCUGCUCGGCGGACGGCGGCAUCACCGUGUGGAACAUGGACACACCCCGAGAGGAGGCCCCUCAGUGGCUGGAUAGCGACUCUUGUCAGAAAUGUGAGCAGCCUUUCUUCUGGAACCUCAAGCAGAUGUGGGACACGAAGACGCUCGGCCUGCGGCAGCACCACUGCAGGAAGUGCGGCAAGGCGGUGUGUGGAAAGUGCAGCUCCAAACGCUCCACCUACCCGCUGAUGGGCUUCGAGUUCCAGGUUCGAGUGUGUGACUCCUGCUACGAGUCCAUCAAAGACGAAGACCGCACCGCUCUGGCCACGUUCCACGAGGGCAAACACAACAUCAGCCACAUGGACAUGGAUCCCUCCAGAGGCCUCAUGGCGACCGGUGGAAGCGAUCGUGUGGUCAAGAUCUGGGACAUGACCCAGGUGGUGGGCUGCAGCAUAGCCACUGGAUUCUCCCCACGCUGAGCGCCACCACCUUGCCCAGCCUUGGCUCCGCCCACUUCAUCCACACUCCACUAAACUCCGUCCUCCCAUUCCACUGGCAGACCUCCACCAAGGAACAAUCGCUGUCAGGGGAAAACUCAUCAAAACCCAUUUGCCUCCUUUUCUGCUUACGUCUCGAACCCCGCACAUCCACAGCACAUACACUAAGUACCCUUUGUUUACACGCUCACAUGCCAACCGAAAGUAAGUCGUCCCCCAUCUCCGUAAAAUCUCUUAUAUAAUCUGACAUGUGCUUGCAGCCGGUAGCAUAAAACGCGUAGCUUGAUCAGAGCAGUUCGUGAAACAGAGUCCGAAGGAGAGGACCGCACGCUGUGUAGGAGCUCCUACCCUGUUUGCACGCGCGUGUGUAGCGCUUCGCUCUGUACUCUGUUUGUUUGGCUCUUUGACAGUCCAAGGUUUUGGUUUUUCUGCAAGUUAGGGAGAGGUGUAGACUUUGAAGCACAGCGCAGAGACGUUUGUUCGGUGGAUCGGGAAGGCGGUUUGUGUCCGGUGUGGGGUGGCGUGCUGUCGGCAUCUACGUCUGCGUGCGAUGAAACCGCGCGACAGCUAGGUGCGAUGCGGCGCGCCGAGGAACGACCGCCGCGAGCGAGCAAGGGAAGGGAUCCGUUGGUGGUCGUGCGGCGAACCGCGGACCCCCAUCCCCAGGAGCGGUGUGCUGCGCCAGCCUCGCGGUCCUUUGUCUCGUUUCUUCUCUCGUCUCGACUGUGUUUUUGCCCCCGGGGGCCGAGGUGGCGGCCCCGGGCGCGGCUCGACUCUCGUCUCCUCUCUCUGGAACAUAUCUCUCCUCUUUCCCAUUCCCAUUUCUGCACAGAACCGUCGUUCUUCAGAAGAGCAAAUUCCUUCACUAGGUGGCCUUACAAGUUCUCUAUGUAAUGCAUAGUUUGCCUCAGGGGAAGCAGUAGGUGCUCACAUGAGGACGGGGCUGAUCAGGGAGAGGCCUGUGAUCGGCCCUCCAUUGCUCACCUGGGCGUGUCCAGCUUUACCGCAUGUGACCGGUGUCAAUUCACUACUUUUCAGCGGCAGUGAUUUUGAAUAUAUUUCUAAGUAUGCUAUAUAUAUAUAUAUAUAUAUUACGAGAUAUUAAAUACUAAGCAUUUUCUCCAUUGCCUCUCUGAAAUAGCAUUUAAGGAAGGCUUUUAUUUGUAAGAAGAACAUAAUGUGAGUAUAAUAUUCUAUAUAGAUUUCUAUCUUUGGGCGGAAAUGAAGAGAAAAUGGGAUUUAUUUGAAAUGUUGAUUAACGUGGUAGUGACUAAAAUAUUUUGAUACGCUAGAAGGCCUCGUUUCCGAGGCAUUGUGGGUAGUGUAGGCAGUGUGGAGAGGAAGCAUGUGUAGCCCCUCUGUGACUUGAGCAGAAAUAACGUGAGACUUUUUGUGCGAAGAACUGCUUAUUCAUGAUGUAAAAACCAUUCCACUGAGAAAAUGUGCAGCACUUACUACUCUUAAUCUGUAUCUGUGGGCUUCUUUACUAUGGUGGCCUCCUUUGCCUUCUUCGUCAACGCCUGUAUGGACUUUCUUUGGAGUUGAUGGACUUUUCCUUUGACUCUACUGCACUGAAAUGCACAGUUAGUGGUUUUGUGAGCGAAUAACUAAUGUGUUUUUUCUUUCUCCCCACCCUUUUUCUUUUUGUCAUUUUUUUGAACUACUGUAAUAUGCCUGGAAAUUUUACUGCAUAGGGUCUUUGAAACUGUAUUGUAAAAUAUACUAAUUUUGUGGUAGGAUCAAAGUAAGGCUUUACAGUGUGUGGGAAUCCACGUUUGCUCAAGUAACUCUAGUAUCCAUGGAGAUCGGUAGCCUCAAGUUUUUUUUUUUUUUUUUUUUUUUUUUCCCUCUCUCUCUCUCUCUCUCUUUCUCUCUCUUUUUAAAUGGUAUACUGACUUAGCCUAAAGGGGUGUUUCUUUGCAAGUAAAAGGUUUUCCCUGAGGGUUCUUUCUCUCUCACACACACACACACACACACACACACACACACAGAGCUGAUAGAAGCACUUGAGAGCAGGACUGAUUUAUACUUAUUGCUACAGUACAAUCAAAGUUCGAGCCCAUUUGUUUGUAAUUUUAAACACGACUCUGGUACUUCGGCAAAUGAAGUUUUGACACUUAUGGCUAGUUAUGUCAUGAAAGCUGUGUGAAAUUUUUUUCUUGCUGUGGGCCAGUGAAGUUUACUGGUCAGUAUUACAGUCCAUCAGCGUAUGAACCGCAGGGCCCAAGCAAGGAUGUAGAAACACUCCUGUCAUUUACUGUCACUACUGGUCUUUUAAUGCAGCGGUUGAAACAGCUUCACUCAAAUUCAAGGCAUUUCCCCGAGUUUGGUUAGAGAAGCCAUCCCGUAUCUUAAUUAUUAAUGUAAAGAAUAGUAAUAAGUUGUACAGAUCUAUGUCUUUGCUAUUUAAUCUGAAUGGAACCCUGCAGGUGUCACAUUGCAUUAUUCACGUGUUACUCUGUCCUUUGUAAUGACUGUUUUUUAAAUGCAUAUUCUUGCACUGUUUGUGCGCAGCCGCCCUAAAGGUGGCUUACUGAAGGGUGUUUGACCCGGGUACGACUGGGGGACCCUCCCUCACCGCGUUGUAUAUUGCCAACCGCAAAGCACUUGUACACUUGUUAACGUAAGAAAGUUGCUGAAUUCCCACAUGGUACCGAGACUAAUUUCUGCUUUCAUUUUAAUCGCUGAUGUGUACCGACGGUAAUUCCGCAGAUGCCGUCGGCGGUCGCACUGUUUGUUUGUCCAUCUCAGUUUUUUUUUUUAGAGGAGGACUUGUUAAUGUCUCUUCCAGGCCAGACCUUCUAGUUGUGGAUGAGGCAUGCGCUGAAGAACUAUUGUAUGUAUUAAAAAAAAAAACUGCUUAAUAAAGUUGUA